AUGAGCCUGCUGGACCAUACGCUGACAGUUGAUCAGGCCUCGGCGAUGUUCGCGAAGUCAAGAGAAGUAACUGGGAUCGACUACUUCAUCAGCCACUGCUGGAUGGAUGGACGGCUUUCAAAAAUCUUGGCGCUGUGGAUCCACAGCAACCUCGGAGCCGCCUUCGUCUGCUCUGCUUGCGCCGGCGUCACGGCCGCCGUCCUGCGGGGCACGGACGUGCUCCCAGCAUCAGCUCGGGUCUCCGUGUCUGAAGUGCAGGGCUUUCCCUAUGCCCUGCUGUCCGGGACCAUUGCUUUCCUUUGGGGGCUGGCUUGCGCGCACCACGUGUCCUUGGCCGUGGGCAAGAGAUCCAGGUACUUCUUCGACAAGUUCUGCGUUCACCAGGCCAACCCGGAUCAGAAGAAGCAAGCAGUGGCAUCUUUCGGAGCAUUUGUGGGACAUUCAAGCCGGCUGCUUCUGCUUUGGAGUCCACACUACUUUUCGAGGCUCUGGUGUACACUGGAAAUUGCCGCAUUGGUGAAGUGCAAGAGCGGCGAUGACAGUCAAGAUCAGAAGCUGCCCUUGGAUUUCCUGCCACUUCCGCUGGCGAAGGUAAGCUGCUCCGCAUGGAUGGUGUUCGCCUUCCUCUAUCUGCUCAUACAGUUUUGGAGGCUUCUGGACGUGAACACCACGCUGAUCGACCUUGGCAUCACGGCGUUCGUGUCGCUGAUUUCGCUGUACGUCUUGGUGGCGACGCUGAGGGUGUAUGCCCGUGACCGUGCGAAGUUGUCGGAGCAGCUUCUUGAUUUCAGCAUCGAGAACGCCGACUGCUCCCGGGACGAGGAUCGCAUCCGCGUGCAACGCACUAUGCUUGGAUGGUUCAAAACGUUGGAGCAGUGCAACAUGCACGUGCGGAGGAAGGUUCACGACCAGGUGGUGUACACGUUGGGUCCGCAAUCUCACUAUCCGACACGGCUGCUUAUUCCCCUUGUUUGGAUAGACUUCCUGAACGAGAUGGACUACCUGGCAGCAGGCUACUACAACACAAACACAGACUUCAAGAUCACGACCUGGGCAGGC